AUGGAGGCCAUCAUCGCGGGCUUUACCAUGUCUCCCCAUUGCCCCUCAGCAUUCGCAAACUCCGCAAAACUACCGCCGCUUACGCUUGUCGUCGCAACAACACCAGUCACCUCCCAUACAAACCCCAGUAUUUCUCGCCUUGGAAUCGGGAAUUGUGGAACACUUCCAUGGCCUCGCAUAAAGUCUGACAUGAGCUUUUUUGCACGUAUAACGACGCGCCCGCCUGCCGCAGCCCAACCCCAGCUCCAUACCCCUAACGCCCUAAAUGCGGUGAUAAUGGGAAGGAAAACAUAUGAUUCCCUCCCUAGCAGAUUUCGACCACUUCCGAAACGGUUGAAUGUUAUUAUAACGCGCGACGAGUCGGGAAUGGUAUGCGAGCGGGCGGCAGCAGAGUGGAAGGCUGCGAGAAAAAGAGAGUGGGAAAAAGCGCAGGAGAAGAAAGAUGAAUUUAGGACAGAGUCCAAGAGCUGUUCGUCUACGGAGAAAAAUGAUUCAAUCGAGGAAUUGGAGAAGGAAACCCCUGAUGUCCUUGUGUCUAAUGGUAUCGGAUCUGCUCUUCUCGCCCUACGAGAUAGCUUCAACCCUUUUUCCCAGAAUGGUCGACGAAGUCUCGGGAAUGUCCUUGUGAUUGGCGGCGCCGAGAUAUACGCAUCCUCUUUAAAACUAGAUCCCACUGGCCUAGGUUGCAAAAUGAGGAUUGUCAUGACAGAUGUCCGUCGGCCUACUUCGGAAGCCGAGAAAAACGAUCCAUCACGAUCCAGCAAUGGCUUUGAAUGCGAUACUUUCUUUCCAAUUGAUAACUUAGAUGGAAACGAUGAGUGGAGACGGGCUUCUGCGGGCGAAGUAUCAGAGUGGGUUGGCGAAGCGGUUCCAGAAGGCUGGGUAUGGGAUCAAGACAUUGCUCUUCGCUUCCUCGGGUAUGAGCGAAGGUGA